UCUACUAAAAUUUUCUUUGGCAAAACCAGCCCCCUCCCUCUUGGGUUGCCAGGCCUCCAGAUGUACACAAAACCCAGGACUAAUGGGAAGAAGAAUUUCAAAAAUAACUUGUUAAAUUCAUUGUCUUGAGUGGUGUAUUAUUGCACAACUGACAAAAUCCGAGUCUUAUAAUGUCCCAGGAAGACGGAUAGAUAUCCCAGGACCAACUAUCUCACAAAAAGAGGUGCUGGGAAAAAUCAGGACAGGUGGCAACCCUACGCCCACUCCCGCAACUGAGCGCACACCUCUCAUUGCUACAGUCUAAAACAGCAACUUUCAUUUGUAACGUAACCAACAUCGUCGAAAACGAAGUUACAUGAAAAGGAUGGGAGGGAAUGGGACACUUGCUGGAAGAAAUACAUUGAAUAUCAGAAUUAAAUUAACAGUAAUGUUUUGCUUUUGUGUUGACAAUGGGAGUGUGAAAGCUGAUUCAAAUGACACUACUGAGGCACUGUCAAAGGGUGUAUUUUUAAGUGUGUACUUUAAAAAAUGUGCUUUGGUGUCAUUUUCUCGAACAGACCGAUCUACUUGUGAUGCGUAUGUCAGACAGUUUUGAUUUUUAGUGAUGACGUUCAUGAUUGCUGUUUUGUCUUGUUCAAAAUUAUAUAUAAAGAGAAAAUCUUUUUUUCAGCUUUGUUGUCGUGUUCAGUUUGUAAACGCAUAUCGCAUGUCUGUAAUUUUGCGCUACCAAAUUAACACAUUAAACGAGUGUAAGCAACAUUCCUUGCAUGGCAGAGUGGUAACUGCGAGAAAGAAUGUCUUGUGGCCCGGGAAAGCCUCAGGCCUCGGAGAAGGGGCGUGUGUCUUUGACACUUGACCAACUGGUCUUGAAUUGAAAACUGUCGUCUCCUUAGAGUUCAUUUCAAUGUUGAGCCGACGCACGCCUGUGUGUGUUUGUGUGUGGUCCAAACUAAAUCAAAUUCAGUGCAGCUUUUUGUCGAGUCUGCACAGCCGCAGUCACCUGACGUCAAGGUUUGUGUGUGCCAGUGCGUACAUUGUCUUCUUUUAUUCCUCGCCGAUCCAAUGAAGUCCAAGAUGAGGAUAUUCAUGUUGAUCAGCCUCUCUUGUUGGAUUACUGGUAAUUCUGUGGACGGACAGACAGCGGCUGCUGCAGAGGACUGCCCAUACCCGAAAAUCUGUUCCAGCUCUGAGCCGCUGAACCCCGUGGUCGUGUGCGGCCCCUCCGAGAUGACGGUGCUGCUCAGGCGCUGCGUGCUGGAGGCCCUGGGCCACACCGGCGCCGACCUACAGCUGGCGAACCCGGCUUGUGCACCGAGCGCAACCUGCUAUGCCGGCGAACCCUACGUGCGCUUCUUGGUGCCGCACGACAACCCCUGCGGCAGCACCCUGAGUGAAACAAACGCAUCCAUCGUCUUCAGAAACGCCGUGGUGAGCGUGGAGGACGUGGGCGAGUCGUGGCGAGCCAAACGCAUCCAUCUCGAGUUCUCCUGCUCCUAUCCAGCGGUCGCCUCGCUGAAGCUCGGGUCCCCUUCCAACACUGUCCAGCCAGGAUCUGUGCCACAGGUCAAUUUGGGCAUUGUGCCAACAGUACAAUCGGUGCCCGGAACGACCACGAAAUCGACUGGUCAGUUACCUGCUUCAAGGCAGAAUCCCACAUCGGUUCUGAGUCAAAACAACCAACCGGUGCCUGGAACGACCACGAAAUCAGCUGGCCAGUUACCGGCUUCGAGGCAGAAUCCCACAUCAGCUCCGAAACAAAACAAUCAACCCGUGCCCGGAACAACCACGAAAUCGGCCGGCCAGUUAACUGCUUCGAGGCAGAAUCCCACAUCAGCUCCGAAACAAAACACCCAACCGGUGUUUGGACAGGCCAGCCAACUUGGAUCUGGACAAAAUAACACAGCCAGUCCUGGAAAAACCUUCCAAGUCAGUUCCACAAGGGCCGCACAGGCCCAGUUUGGUGGCAUAGUUCCAAAGAACGCUCUCGUGCUCGCCUUAAAUGGACGCUCGUGUAGAAGCACUCAUGAUCCCGGCGCCCUGGUGCUCCUGGCGAGCGUUCUGUCCACACUCAUCUUCGUAGUACAAAAAUGAAGCUUCAAGUGGACAAAAAACACUGGAACAGUUCUCCUUAUAAAGCAUCCUCAUUUGACGAUACCGAUUUGGUUUAUAUAAGCGCACACACACAAAACUUAAUUUUUUCCAUCACCAGUAGAUUUGUGUAAACCGUGACAAUUAACCUUUAAACAUAUAAUGUAAACGAUUUAUCCCAAUAUCUCAAUACCCGCAUAAUAAAAAAAAAAUACAGAAAUUAUAAUUUUUUUAUUCAAAAAUUAGGGCGACGGUUGAUAGUCACGUAAAUAUCGCAUGCCAAGGGGCUGCCAGGAGCCCCGCCAACACAAACAGCAGGACCAGGAUCAUUCCCUGGGCUAUUGCGUAUCCGUUUGGGUGGCCUGGUGUAGGAAAAGCACAAUCAUGGUGAGAUACAAUUAGACCUGAGCUUAUAACACUGGAACACAAUUGUCAAAUAUUACUGCAUGCAUAAUUAUAAAGCACAUUGAUGGCCAGUGUUCCCUUUUGAACAAUACGAGAGUGGGCCCUCUAAAAGUCCAGAAAAUAAUUGCAAUUCGUGAGGUUUACAUUAUAGAUCGCCCAACCCACAUAAGAGGCACUGGGUGUUUUUUUUUUAAUGUCACAUAUAAGCAAUCUGCUGCCCUGGUGUAAAGGACAGCACAUUUGACUUCCAACACAGAGGUCGCCGGUUCAAUCUCUUGUCACGACAGUUUAAACAAUGGUGCAACGUUUCAUAAAAUCCCACAACCUGUCCAGCUAGCAGUCUAAACGUGUGCACCACCACGGUCAAUUCAACAAGUCGAUUGUGGUGGGUUAAAGUGUGGGUACUUUUGAUACGCAAGCCAUUUGAUAUCCUCUAUAUAGUGGCUCUCUUGAGCUCACCCUAAUGGAGGCGCAUCCGCCAGCUGUAGCGUGGGAACGCAAUUGCAGGGCUGCACCUUUACUUUACAUCUAAGACCUUACCAAAUGUGUGUGUGUGUGAGCGCGCACGCAAGCGAGCAUGUGCUUCACGCAUUGUAUUCGUAUACUGAUGCACCAGCCUGGGGUGAAAAUUGCAGCUGUGGGCAUUUCAAAUCUGAAGCUGAAUAAAUUGACGCACGGGA